UCGAUGAACAAAUCAAAAUAAAAAAAAACAUAAAAGUCAUGCUUGAAAAUAGAGAGUCUUGUCAGUGAUCGAUACGCCUCGCCAGUCAGUAAGAGAUGGACGGACCGUGGAACAUGUCGUUUUUAGUGACGCUACUGGUUUGGGGGCGCUUUGCUACAGGUGUUGAUAUCGAAUGGGAAAAGAGCACAAUGAAUGUUAAUGAAGGAAAAUUUGAUGUCAUCACAAAAAUCAAGAGAUCGACAUCUUCCGGCCUUAAUAUUGUAACUGUUUCUCAUCUCGAUAUGACUGCAAAGAUUGGAGAAGACUACGGAAUACCACAAAAUGCAGAUGUUGUUUUUAAAGAUGGCGAGAGUGAGAAGGUUUUUCAUUUUUACAUAAAAAACGAUAAAGCCGUGGAAAACGACGAAGAUUUUCAACUAAAAAUCAGUUCGAACGACUCUGUUACCAUUGGACCUAUAGCAACGCUUCAGGUUACCAUCGCGUCAGAUGAUAACGCCACAUUUGAAGUUUAUAAGACAGGAUCUGUAUCAGAGGAUGGUACAAAAAUGUCGGUCACUGUUACCAAAACAGCUUGUGAGAAAUGUGAAGCUACCAUUCGCAUAAAGUAAGUACUCAAAUAAAAAUAUCAAGUUAUAACAAGUUGUUAGCACUUGGGCACCUUUU